AAUAAUAUCGAAAGUCAUCAUUUGGCAUGUAAAUUCUGAGUAACAAAUUUCUUAACAUGUUUUUUUGGGGUAAUCGGGGUAAAACUAAUAAAUUGUUGUAUGUUGUAACUUUAAACAAUAGUCCUAAUGGAAUCAGGAACUCACCUCCUACUUCUACCACUUUUAAAAACAGUGGCAACAAUAACAGAAACUACUCAAACUACUCUCAAGAUGACGUCUCACCAACUAAGGGAAAAAUUGCUAUCAUAACAGGAGAUGCAAAAGGGAUUGGUUUAUCCAUAGCAGAACAACUGCUAAAAGCUGAAGCAGAGACAGUAAUUAUUGGUGAUAUUCUCUCGCAAGAAACGAAAAAUGAAACUUUUCGGCUAAAUAAGAAAUAUGGUGAGCACAAGGCUGUUUUUCAACCUACUGAUGUGACCAAUCCAAAGGAUUUGGAGAAACUUUUUAACUCUACCAACAAGAGAUUUGGCAAAAUUGGUAUUGUAGUAAAUAAUGCUGGAAUUUUAAGUAUCCAAAAUCAAGAGCAGAUUGUUGACGUUAAUAUAAAAAGUUUGGUAAAUGGAACCUGCUUGGGAUUUCAAUAUAUGUCUGGCACAGGAGGAAUCAUCAUAAAUAACGCAUUACUCGAAGGACUACAACCAAUGUCUACAUUCCCCCUUUACUCAGGAGCUAGCCAGUUCAUUAUAGGAUUCACAAAAUCCAUGAGUCAUAACUAUUUUUAUAAUGCAACUGGUGUAAAAGUGAUGGCCUUUUGUCCAGGACCAAGAGAAACUCAAAUGUUAACUGAAGUUGAUAUUGAUAAUAAUAUGAACGAACAAAUGCUUUUGAAUCUCGAGAAUAAGCUAGAAGAUACCUCUAGAGAAGAAUUUAUCCAAAUGUCAGAAACUGUAGCAAAAGGCGUUAUUUCGAUGUUGCAUGACGGCGAAAACGGAAGCAUUUGGAUACCAAAAAAUUGCAAGUUUUACAAAAUACAAGUACCAGAUUUUAAAAAUUUGACACCAACAGAAAUCAAAAUGUCGCAAAAAUCAUCAACUAACAAAAUCUUAUCUGAGAUGACACCUAAAUGUCAAACUAGAAGCUUAAGCUCAAAUUCAAGUAAAACAGAUACCUGUAGCAAUCAAAACAAAAGCGCUAAGUGCAAAUCUUCAAAAGCAGAACCUAAAGGAGGAAUAAACUGUAAAGAUGAAUUACAAAAGAAAUCUGCUAAGAGUACUAGGAAAAUUUGUAUAAAGUUUGGAUGUCCUAAUAAGAGGAAAAUAAUAUGUAAAGUUGAUAAACAUAUGUGCGAAAAGUUAAAAGAUAGAAAAGCAGUUAAUAAAAAAUUGCCAUGUGUAAUAGAUAAAACAGUAGCAGAUUCUCAUGACGAAUCUGCAGUACCAAAGUGUUUAGCAGCUGAUAAGAAACAAAAGGGAUCCGAAAACAAAUCAUCAAAAAAAUAUAAAAAAGACAAAUGUGGCGAUGUGGAUCCAUGCAAAUCGAAGAAAAAGAAGAAAAAUUCGAACGAAAAUGAUGAUAACAGCAAACGAAAAUCAGAUGUGGAUCCAUGCAAAUCGAAGAAAAAGAAGAAAAAUUCGAACGAAAAUGAUGAUAACAGCAAACGAAAAUCAGAACCAAAUUGUAAAAACAACAGUAAAAGCACUAAUGAUAGAUUUAGACGAAAAUUGUGUGCAAAAGAAACAGAAAUACGGGAUGCGAAAAGAAAUUAUAGCGUGUGCAAAAAAAGUGAUAAUUGCGCCGAUAAUGAGCAAAAAAAUGAGGAACUAAAAGUAUCAGUCGAUUUAAAACCAUACUGUUCAUUAAAAGAAAGUAACUACCAGAAACGGGUAAAACAUUUUAAAUGUGAAAAUGAAUGUAGUAAGCCAAACGAGAGCAAUUAUAAAUUGGACAUGAAGACGACAUCUACUGAAGUCGACAAAGAAAACUGUCAAAAUCAAACUCAGAAAUCCAAUUUGAAAAGCACAGCAAGCUUACCACAUUUAGAAAAAACUGUUGCGGUUAAAGAAAUUAAACCAGACGAGCUUCAAAAUGAACCAAUAAUGUCAAAAGUUUUAAGUAACGUUAAAGGUAGUGGCUUAAAAUCUUCUUUAAAUGAAACAAGUAAAUCACAAGUUCUUCUUGAGACUAAACCAACGGACGCACCUAGGAUAACACUAGUAAAUCACAUCGAUGUCGGGGAAACAAUUGGACUGAUUCCAACAUUAGCAAUUGAAACAGAGUCUCCGAAAAAAUAUACAAGUUACCAAAACAGAAAAUUCAUCCUUAAACGUCCAGAAACAAUUAUCAGAUAAGCAAACAUCGGGUGAAUCAGUAAUACAAGAGGUAGAUAAAACUGACAGUUACACUAACAACAAUCAAGAAGAGACUAGUGCUGUUGAUGUUCAACAAAAAAAGCCCAAAAAGCAAAAGAAUAAAACGAUUUUUGUGAGUAGUGAAGAUCUAAAAAGUAUUGUAAAGAAACUUGAUUAGGUCCAGUUUUGUUCAUUCGAAUAAUAAGCCUGGUAAAUUUGUUUGAAAAAGAAAACAUGUAGUACGUUAAAACGAUUAAAUAUAUGAAAAUUUGUU